CAGCGAUUUUCGCAAGACAGCAACGACUCUUAAGCCACCAAUUCAUUUAAGCAAAACAAUAUCGUUUGCUCUUUUACUCUGCGUACCCGAAUGCAUCAUGACGUUGACGUACUUCCGGUUUAUCUGUCAGUUCAGUAAACGCUGUUUCUGGAACAUUAGCUUAUUUUUCACACUCUCAGACUUUUUCUUUCUACAAUAUGACCUGAGAUGAUACAAGUCCGUGUUUGCAGAGGCAAAGAUAUGACUCUCUGAUACCUUGUGUCUUAAAUCAAAUCAUUUAGAACAGUUGGGUACUGUUUGGUCCUCAAGGUGAUGCAUUCACUUGCUCAGGAGAUUCAGGGCUUCUCCAAAAACUGCCUGAAGAAACAGUGCACGCAUGUGACUACUGUGACUGGAAGGAAGCUGCUGGAAAGGAGGACUGAUGAAGGAGACAGCAAUGUGGAGCAAGUUGAAGAGCUGGACAAGGGCAGUGGAUUUGGAUUUGUGGAAGAUAACAGUUUGGACCUUCAAGUUGGAGUUGUCCGACCGUAUCUGCUGCUGGCCUCUCAGGAUGCAGCCCACGACAUUGACACCCUGCUGAGAUAUAAGGUGUCUCAUGUGCUAAAUGUGGCCUAUGGGGUUACUAACCUGUUCCAGGAUCGGCUGGUGUACAAGACGCUGCAGAUCCUGGAUCUCCCAGACACUGACAUCACCUCCUACUUUAAGGAAUGCAGCUCCUUUAUAGAUGAGGCCAAAGAAAAGAGUGGUGUGGUGCUCGUCCACUGUAACGCCGGUGUGUCACGCUCGUCCUCCAUUGUGAUUGGCUACCUGAUGCUACAGGAGGGCCUAUCAUUUGAUGAUGCAUUCAAUCAGGUCAAGACAGCAAGGUCCUCAAUCCGCCCUAACCCUGGGUUCUACCAGCAGCUACAGAGUUACAAACCCUGAGGCAGGAUGGCGUUGGUCCAUUUGAGGCCAGAACACAGACACUGACUUUUUUUGUCCUCCAGAUCAGAAUCAAGAUGUAGAAAUCAAAAAGUACUCACUUUGUAUUGUCUUUUUCUAUCUUAGCAAACUCAUUCUACUACCUGUUCUAACUUCAUUCUAAGCAGCCACAGUGUACAGUGGGUUUUUAUAGCUUGUAUAAAGAUGCUAAUGUGCUCCACAAAUCCAGCAACAGAUGUCUUUUUCUACAAGGUAAUAAUAAACAAAAAUGUUGGUA